UAUGUAAAAACGAAGACAAUGUUUGUCAGUGGUGGGUUAGAACCUGGAACUGCCUCAUUAGUGUUAUUCACUCACUUGUUGUAUCUAAACCUCACACUGUAAACACUGUUAGUACAUGUUGCGUAAGUCUGGACUUUUAUGUGAAGUGGAAAAUUAAAGCUUCAAAAGAUGAACAUGCUGCUACCUGCUAACGGGCUGAUUCAAGUGUUUGCUGCCUAAACUAGAUUUGAGAGGAUUUUCCUCCUUGUAAAUAAUCAAAACACAUUUGUUUACACCUUUAAAGCCUCUCUGAAGUGGAGCCCUUGUGAAACCCCGGUACUCGGUUGUCAAGACGAUGUCCUCAGCUCCACAAAGCCGGUCCUUUUCGGUCUGACGGGCACAGAAAUGGGUUCCUCCGUCCUCCCUCUGGCCUGCGUGGUGUCGGCUCUGGGUGGGCUGGUCUUUGGCUACGAGCUGGGCAUCAUCUCAGGGGCUUUGCUGCAGCUGAAGGUGGAGUUCAGCCUCUCCUGCGUCCAGCAGGAGGCUCUGGUCAGCUCCUUGCUGCUCGGCGCUCUCCUAGCUUCCACUCUGGGCGGCUGGCUGAUUGACCGCCAUGGACGCAGGAACGCCAUCCUCCUCAGCAACGUGUUGAUCCUGGCGGGUAGUCUGGUCUUGCUCAUCAGCUGCUACCCCGCCCUGGUGGUUGGGAGGGCGACGGUGGGUUUUGCCAUGUCCAUAUCCUCCAUGUCCUGCUGCAUCUUCGUGUCCGAGGUGGUCAGCGCGGAUCGCAGGGGCUGCAUGGUGACCCUGUACGAAGCCGGGAUCACCGUGGGAAUCCUGCUGGCCUACGCCGUCAACUACGUCCUGUCGGGCUGCAGCGGAGGGUGGAAGUGGAUGUUUGGGUUCGCCGUGGUUCCGACCGUGCUCCAGCUGGUCUCCGUCGGUUUUCUCACACCGGGAACAAAGAGAACUGUGAGCUACUGCGGUCAGACGGACAGAGCUCUGGUCAGCUCCGACGGAGCACAGGAACCGGAAGAACCGGGACACUCCGCCAGCAAAGACAGGAAGACGGUGGGCAGCUGGUACCUGUUCCAGAGUCAGGACAACAUGAGGACUAGGACGCUCCUCGGGCUGGGACUGGUACUGUUUCAGCAGUUCACAGGUCAGCCCAACAUUUUAUUCUACGCCUCCACCAUCUUCAGCUCCCUGGGCUCUCACAGCACACACGCUGCUCUGCUGGCCUCCACGGGACUGGGACUGGUCAAAGUGGUGUCCACCCUGACGGCAAUGGUGCUGUCAGACAGAGUGGGCCGGAGAACCAUGCUCAUCAGCGGAUGCUGCGUGAUGGCCCUGAGUCUGAUGGUCAUCGGCCUCUUCAGCGGACCAAUGAGAGCUCAGGAUUCCUGUCGUUCGGUGAACGCUACUCUUCGUCCUCAGGACGCUGUUGGGAAUCGCUCUGUUUUCGACGUCCCUGCUCUGUCUGUGAACAACAACAACUCGCGUGCGAGUCAAACUGGACCGCAGUCACUGACACCUGCUCAGGUACCGGGCCUCUCUGAUGCAGCGGAGAACUGGCUGAUCCUCGUUUGUAUGAUGGCUGUUGUUGCUGCAUAUUCCACUGGAUUUGGACCAAUGACCUGGCUUCUCCUGACUGAAAUAUUCCCUGCUGCGGUCAGAGGACGAGCGUUUGCCUUCAUCAGCUCCUUCAACUGGGCGGCUAACCUGCUGGUUACCGGCACUUUCCUAAACGCCGUUGAUGUCUUGGGACUGUCAGGGAUGUUCUGUCUUUACGGGACCACCGCCGUUCUAGCUGCUGUAUUCUUUUACUUCAUGCUGCCGGAGACUAAAGGAAAGACCCUGGAGGACAUAGACAGGGAGCUGCGUUUGAACAGGUCUUAUCACAGUGAUCGGUGCUGCGGUUGCGUCACGCUGAGAAACUCUACCUCGCAGUACCAGAGGGUCGGCUGUCACAGUGUCUCGGAGUAAAUAUUUGAAGUAUACAAAAUACACAAUGGCAAUUAUUACAGUCAAAUGAACUGAAGUGAAACACUGUGAAGAAACCUGAUCACAUGACCUGACAGUCAUUUUUGUUUUUAUGUUGUGUUCUGUGUCACUGUUACUGUAAAAAAAAAAAAAAAAAAAUUAUAAUAAACUCUUACACUAAGCUACAGAAGGUCACGGGUUCAAGUCCCAUCUCUAAUUGUCUCUUCUCUCCUGGGUCAUUCGGAGUCACUGUUUUUAUCAUGUUGAACUAACUGUAACUAAACAAUUCAACAAAUGUAUAUUUAUAGAAUACAACACAUACUGUACAUAUAUUUACUCGAGGGGGGCGCCAAAGGGCUUUUCUGCUUCUCCCCACUCUCCAUACAUCCAAGGCUCCAACUUGUUCUCCUUCAUGGUAUUAGAGCACCCUCUAGUGACAACAGCCCAAACCUGCACUUAGAUGCUAAUAAACAAACCAAGUGUGGUAU